CAACCAUGGGGGAGAAGUAUGACGGGCUGUCCCACUGUAAGCUUGCUCUGGUAUUCGCAGUGGUGAUGGACAUCCUUGGUGUGACGUCCCUGCUGGUAGGCGUCUUCGCUUCCCUAGAGAUCCAGGGCAAAGACUUCGGGGAUCUGUUGGUGUACUCCGGAGCGUUGCUGGUGCUGUUUUCCAUGGCCGGCUGGGUGCUUUGGUACAGUGGCAACAUCGAGGGUCUGCAUUUACAAAAAGACUUUCAUGGCAUGGGUUCAGCUGUGGACCGACUGGCCCGCUCCGUCAGCCGCAAGAUACGGCUCCCCAGGACACGCAGCAGUCCCCAUUAAGAACUCAAAGCCUCCCAGUUAAACGACCUAGUUUUAAUUCUUGUUGACCCAAGUUUCUCGGAAGAAAAGGGCAUGGUUGGACUUUACUUUUCUGUCAGAUUUUGAUAAAAAGAAACCGGCUCACAAACAAACAAACAAAAAAAACGGACUUGCAAAUCUUGCUUUUGAUAAACAGAAUCUGUCUGUUCUGCUCAAGCUCGUGCAAAUGGAAUAAAACUAUUACGAUGAA